CUAAAAACUCCACUUCAUUGACUUUGUCCCUUCCACAUCCCUUCCUCGUCACUUCAUCCAGAAAAGACCUUUUCAAUUCCUAAACCUUCAAAAUCAAAAUCCUGAAUACCAAAUGAUCUCCAAUAGUUUCAAUAAUGUCUUCUCCGUUUGUCUCUCUGCUAGUGUUUGUAUUCCUCUGCUUAUUGUUCACCAUUAAUUGUCAACAUCCACCUCCUCAAGGUACUUUCAUUGAUUGUGGGGCAACAAAUACUAAUACAUCAGGAUUUCAAGAAUGGGAACUGGAUUUCAGUUUCAUCUCAUCUGGAAUUCCCAAAACACUAAAUCCAAUCCCAGAUUUUCUUCCUAUACAUCUUCAAACUCUCCGAUCAUUUCCGCUAGGCGACGGUUCGCGUAAAAAGUUCUGUUACGAUGUUCCGGCUGUUCCUCGAGCAAAGUACCUCAUCCGUACGAGUUAUUUCUAUGGGGGAGUUAAUGGAAAUGAUUUUCCGGUUCCACCUGUGUUUGAUCAGAUAAUUGAUGGGACAGUUUGGGGAAUUGUAAAUACUACUGAUGACUUUUAUAAUGGAGUUCCAUCUUAUUAUGAAGGUGUUUUUGUUGCCAGAGUUAAAGCAAUCAGUGUUUGUGUUGCGAUCAAUGCGUAUACUGAAUCGGAUCCUUUUAUUAACGCUUUGGAAUUGAUCCGUCUGGAUGAUUCGGUUUAUAAUACUACGGAUUUCGGAAAUUUUGGAUUGAAUUUGGUUGCAAGGAACAGCUUUGGGUACCCUCAAACCCUCAUCAGAUAUCCGGAUGAUCCAUUUGAUAGAAUGUGGAAACCAUCUGGGGAAAGUUACUCCACACCAAAAAUUGUAAAAGAUAUUGAUGUGGCUGGGUUUUGGAAUCUCCCUCCUUUGAAUAUAUUUGAGACUGCAUUAACGACAGAGCAAGAAAGCCCUGUGAAUUUGGAUUUGCAAUGGCCUACAGUAUCUCUUCCAAACUCCACCUACUAUAUCGCGCUGUACUUUGUGGAUGGCCGUAAUUCAUCGUCAAGAGUUUUCAACAUUACCAUAAAUGGGAUACAAUAUUAUCAAAAUCUGAAUGCAACUACAGCUGGGGCUGUUGUCUUCGCGUCACGCUGGCCUCUUUCGGGUCGUAAUACCAUAAGUCUAAUUCCUGUUGAAGGAUCAGUUGUUGGCCCUUUGAUUAAUGCUGGAGAGAUUUUCAACCUACUACCCCUUGGAGGAAGGACUCUAACACGAGAUGUAACGGCUAUGGAGAAUUUAAAGAAUGGUUUUGAAAAUCCCCCUAUUGAUUGGAACGGUGAUCCUUGUAUACCUCCUGAACAUGCAUGGACUGGAGUUGCGUGUUCAGCAGGACCUCGUGUUCGAGUGGUCUCUUUAAACUUGACAAGUAUGGCUCUUUCGGGAUAUAUUUCGAGGCAUAUUUCCAAUAUGACUGCUUUAACGGAUAUCUGGAUGGGGAGUAACAGUUUGACAGGGACCAUUCCCAAUCUUGAAAAACUACAGUUGCUGAAGACAUUGCAUCUGGGGGAUAACCAGCUCGAUGGAUAUAUUCCUUCAUCACUAGGAAAAAUUGGAAGCCUUCGUGAACUCUUCUUACAAAACAACAAUUUGAUGGGUCAGAUCCCGAGAACCCUUUUGGAGAAAAGAGAUUUGAAUCUCAAGACCUCUCCUGGAAACAUACUUUUGCAACCCCCUUCGCCUUCAUAAAUAUUUGGCGUCAAAGGUAACAGAUGACUUUUCGCGCAAAAUUUCAGACUAUGCCGUUUCUUCUCCAUAUCGUGCACAAUCUCAACUUAAUUCAUUAAUCGUUCAUUGUUUCUUCACACCCAACACCUAAAUUUCUCAACGCCCAGAAUGGAUUUUUGAUACUGCAUCAUCAGUAUCAACAAUUAUUUUGUACAGAUAAAAUUGUCGUACGUUCCAAAUACAUGUUCCAUUUCCUUUCGGAAUGAGCACUGAUCCUUGAUAGUAUUUUGUACAUACAUACAUUAGCAUUUGAGAUGAUAAUUUUGUAAUCCAAACAAUGAAAUGAAUGUUUUCCUUGAACGCAACAACGAGCAGGACAUAAUAUCUAAUGUAUCUUUUCUCCUUCC